GUCGUGGCGCCGGUCAUGGCGCCCGCGCUGCGCUACCUGGGCGGGGCCUGCGCGCGGGCGCGCGGGGGCUUCUCCGGGGCCUUGGCCUGGGGUUGGGGGCCCGCGCCGGGGGCUCCCUGGCCGCUGGGCCGCGGUGGCCGCAGGGCCAGCACCAGCUCGUUUGAUGUAGUCAUUGUUGGUGGUGGAAUUGUGGGGCUUGCCUCUGCCAGAGCCCUCAUCCUGCGGCAUCCAGCACUUUCCAUUGGUGUUCUGGAAAAGGAGAAAGAUUUAGCUGUUCACCAGACUGGACACAACAGUGGUGUCAUACAUAGUGGAAUUUAUUAUAAACCUGAGUCUCUGAAAGCUAGAUUAUGUGUGCAAGGUGCGGCCCUCAUCUAUGAGUACUGCAACCAAAAGGGGAUUUCCUACAAGCAAUGCGGCAAGCUUAUAGUAGCUGUUGAACAAGAAGAAAUUCCCAGACUUCAGGCCCUAUAUGAGAGAGGCCUGCAGAAUGGUGUCCAGGGCCUGAGGCUGAUCCAGCCAGAGGAUAUAAAAAAGAAGGAGCCGUAUUGCAGGGGUCUAAUGGCUAUUGACUGCCCAUAUACUGGCAUUGUGGACUAUCGGCAGGUGGCCUUGUCGUUUGCCCAGGAUUUCCAAGAAGCAGGUGGCUCUGUCUUGACCAAUUUUGAAGUAAAAGAGAUUGAAAAGGCUAAAGAGAGUCCUUCAAGAAGUAAAGAUGGGGUGACAUAUCCAAUUGUUAUAAGGAAUACAAAGGGAGAGGAAGUUCGAUGUCAGUAUGUUGUGACGUGUGCAGGACUUUACUCAGACCGCAUUUCAGAGUUGAGUGGCUGUAAUCCCGAUCCUCGAAUUGUACCCUUCCGGGGAGAUUACCUUGUCCUGAAGCCAGAAAAACGCUAUCUUGUGAAAGGAAACAUUUACCCGGUCCCAGAUAGCCGAUUUCCUUUCCUAGGCGUUCACUUCACACCAAGGAUGGAUGGCAGCAUUUGGCUAGGGCCGAACGCAGUGCUGGCCCUUAAACGAGAGGGCUACAGACCCUUUGACUUCAGUGCCAGAGAUGUUAUGGAUGUCAUUAUCAAGAGUGGCUUGAUUAAACUGGUGUUCCAGAAUUUCUCUUACGGAGUUAACGAGAUGUACAAAGCCCUUUUUCUCAGUGCAACAGUGAAGCACCUUCAAAAGUUUAUCCCUGAAAUUACUGUCAGUGACAUCCAUAGAGGUCCAGCUGGAGUGAGAGCCCAAGCCCUGGACAGGGCUGGAAAUCUGGUGGAAGACUUUGUGUUUGAUGGAGGCGUUGGAGACAUGGGAAAUCGCAUUCUUCAUGUGAGAAACGCACCUUCCCCUGCUGCCACUUCUUCCCUGGCAAUUUCUGGAAUGAUCGCAGAUGAAGUGCAACAGAGAUUUAAUUUGUAAUUAGUGGAAGGAGCUAGGUAUGCAUUUUAAUCUCCACGUUUGGCAACAAGAAUACUAAUUGCAUUCUUUAAUUUUAAGGAAAAUGGUUUGAAAAUAUCAACUUUAGGUAUCUUGUUUAGGUAACCACUGAAUUAUUACAAUGCUGUAACAUAGAAAUAAUAAUUUUUUAAAGCCCGGGCUCUUUCACUUUGGGAAUAAAGAGGAAAGGUACAGUUGUGUCUAUCCUGAAUCCCUGACUGUUAAUGACCCGUCCUCACCAAUGGGGAUCUAGAGAUUGGGCUCGUUUAGAAUUUCUGGGAAUGAUGGCAUAAAAAAUUGAUUAUUCCCUUAACUUUUUGGCUUUAUAAUAUCUAAGCCUUUUUUGUCUCUCCUACACAAGAAAAUUUAGUAUUUGUAGGUUGCAAACCUUUUAAUUUUGAAGAGUCAGAAAAGGUCAAACUAUUUAGAGCAACAAUAUUUGUAUUUGGGAAUUUGAAAUUCUUGAUUUUAAGAAAAUAUAUCAAAUCUCACAUUUUUAAGUAGUUUGAAUAAGAUUCUAUCUUGGCUAUAAUAUUUGUAAGAAAUAACUUUGCAAAAGAAGUGCCAGCCUCUUUGAUUCCCAGCUCUCCCAAACUGACCUGGUGUGGAGUCAUCACUGUGUCUAAGCAGCACUUGGCUAAGAUGCUGCUGCCCGCCCUUCAGUCUUCUGUGGCUGAGGAGCUGAACGAACCUGCAGCUGAUGGGCUUUUACGAGAACAGUUUGAGAGUCCUGUCACUGGUAGACAGAAGUCUGUAAUUUUAAAAAUUAUUUACCUCUUCUGUCUCUGUCCCUCAGUUAUGCCAAGGUUCUCAGAUGCUGGCCAAGAUCACUAACAAUUCAUGCCUACUUGGUUUUUCAGGGAUCCUAUAGACUUUUAUGAGGAUGUUUCUUCAUUUUGGGAAAUACCUAACUUUGAGGCAUUCACUUUUGUAAACCGCAAAAGUGCCUUAACAUUCAUGUGUACUUCAUGAAUAUUUUACACUGUUGCCCAGUGCCAUACUGUAUACUGUACAUAUGCAUGUGGUCUCUGUUGAAAUGGAUCUUGCAAUUCAGAAAGUUGGAAAAUAGAAAGAUAAAUGGAAAUAUGGCAGCCUACUGAUUGGGGAAACCUUUAUUACAGAACCACCGCUUAUGUGAGACAUUUUCAUCCAUGCCCCCACAUAUGCUCUCUCAGGAUCAACCUUCCAUUCUUCAUUUUUUCUUUCCUCUUCCCUCUCCAAAGCUGUGUGAUGGAUGAGUUAGAAGGAUGUGCACUUUGGUUGAUAGGAAAAACUUUUCUGUUUCCUUCCUUUUCACUCCAAGCUUCAGUGAUUACACUGAUUGAGCUACCUCAUCCAUUAAUGGAAAGGCUGCGCAUCAUCAGCUCAUGCUCAAGAAGUAGCACAGCCCAGGUAAAUGCACUGGUAGGCAGUCAUUUGGCACUUGGCAUGAGCAUAUUGGAAGCAUUCAGAAACCACUCGAGCAAGAAACAGCCCUAAUGGUUCUUCUUAACAACUGAUUCCUCCAAGAAAUGGGACAUACAGCGUAUUUUUCUGUUCUGUUACAAGACCAUUAAGUGAUGGAAAAUAUUAGAAUUCUCUAUUUAAUCAACAGUAAGAUUAUGUGUAUGCUAAGCUGUGAAAGACUGAAAUUACAAAAAUAACUGUCUUAAUUAAAGCAAUCCUCAUUCCAUUUGGGUCUGUACUAUACCUCCAACAAAUAUAAGUGAAGAAAUUAUUGAAAGUCUUUUGAAUGUGUAGGUCAUGCUGUUUGUAAAAAUAUUUUAUAUUUAUGUCAUAGGAUUUUGUUGUGUAAUACUGAUAGAAUAUUUAAAAGUUUUGUGUAUUUCUGAGGAGAAAAUGUAUAUUAAUAUUAAAAAUAUUUUAAGGA